AUGCCGCCUGACUCCCCCGAGGGAAGUGUGGGUGCUAGUGCUAAGGAGGUAAAUAAACACAACCUGCCUGUGGUGAUACUGCUUGGGUGGGCUGGCUGUAGAGAUCAGUAUCUAAUGAAGUACAGCACCAUCUACCUUAAGAAGGGCUGCAUAGUGAUCCGCUACACAGCUCCCUGGAGGUUGGUGUUCUUUUCAGAAUCCAUGGGUAUAAAGUCUCUGCAGAAGUUGGCCAAGAAGUUGUUGGAGCUCCUCUUUGACUACGAAAUGGACACAAGGCCUUUGCUUUUUCAUGUCUUCAGCAAUGGUGGUGUCAUGCUGUACCGUUACAUUGUGGAGCUCCUCCAUACUCACCAGCAAUUCCAGCAUCUGCGAGUGGUGGGUACUGUGUUUGACAGUGCUCCUGGCAGGAAGAACCUGAAAGGAGGCCUCCGUGCCUUGUCAGUUGUCUUAGGAUCAACCAAUGUGUAUGUUAAGUACUUCCUCCUCCUGACAUUUGCAGUCCUGGUGGUGACACUGCGGAUCUUGCUGUAUCCUUUGACCCGCUUUGUACACGAGAACCACUAUGAUGCCAUGUUGAGGCAACCCUCUUCCUGGCCUGAGCUCUACUUGUACUCCAAAGCUGAUGGUGUUAUCCUUGCUAGUGAUGUGGAGACCAUGAUAGAGGCCCGGCGGCAGCAUCGGGUCCCUGUAAAGGCCGUGGACUUUGUGACCUCUGCCCAUGUCAGCCACUUUCGGGCAUACCCUGCCUUGUAUGUGACUCAUUGCACCUCCUUUAUGUACAGUUGCUUAGGUUCACUGAAGUGACAGAUGUG